AGUUCCCUUUUUACUCUGUAUUUUCUGUUUUAGGUGAAUUUGAUCUUCUUACAAUGUAGAGACUGUGCAGCAUCUAUGACGAGGUUACUUAAACCUCUAAUUUAUGGUCAGUGGGGCUGCAGGGGUGCAGCAAAGAAAGUUUUGUUUGAGCAUAUUUGCUCUUUGUGAUGGUUCCUUCAUACUUGUCAAGGCUGAGGUGACUCUUGGGGUUGAUGGAUGCACUAACGACGCCUUGUCAGUUAUACUGGGAGAGCAAAGAUAUUUUUAUUCGAGUAUAUUUGCUCUUUGUGGUGGCUCCUUCAUACUUGUCAAGGCUGAGGCACUUGGGUUGAUGGAUGCACUAACGACGCCUGUCAGUUAUACUGGGAGAGCAAAGACAUUUUUUUAUUCGAGUAUAUUUGCUCUUUGUGGUGGCUCCUUCAUACUUGUCAAGGCUGAGGUGACUCUUGGGUUUGAUGGAUGCACUAACGAAGCCUUGUCAGUUAUACUGGGAGAGCAAAGAAAACUUUAUUCGAGUAUAUUUGCUCUUUGUGGUGGUUCCUUCUUACUUGUCAAGGCUGAGGUGACUCUUGGGGUUGAUGGAUGCACUAACGAAGCCUUGUCAGUUAUACUGGGUGAUCCUCGUACUUUUACCUGUCGUUCAAAUGUUGAUAAGGCAGAUUUUUCUGAGGAAAUGCAUGAGGCCUUCUGUUUUGGGUUUAGUUUGGCUUUCAUUUUCUCUCCUCAUUUGAAGAGAGUAUGGUUCAAUACUUUAUGGGAGUUGUAUGAAUUUAUCUUACUUAAAGAUAUUGCUAAACCAACUUCAAUUUAAUUCAAGGGGAACGUC